GGGGUCGGGGCGGUGGCGCCUGCGGGGCGGGACGCCCUCCCUCCGUCCCUUCCCUCUUUCCCUCGGACCAUUCUUCCUCCCUGUGUUCCCUCCUUCCUUCCCUCACAGCGCGGAGGUCGGGGCGGGAGGCGGUGCGGAGCGGACUGGUGCGGCGCGGCGCGGCGCGGCUCGCUGCGGAGGGCUUUCUACUUUCCUGAAUCCAGCAGAGGACCAAAGCCAGCAAGAAGAGAGAGGGUGGAAGAAAGCACUUGAAGUGGACUGAACAUUUGCACUGGUGCUGUGAACUGCUUUAGUGGUGGAAGGUCACUCAAAUGGAUACAAGAGCUCCUUAUCUAAACAAGUGCUGUCUAGCAUCCCUGAAGUCAGUUGAAUGGCUUGCUCACUGGCUUACUUCAGCAAAAAGUCAGAAGUGAACGGGCUGAGCCAGAAAGAUGCGUGAGUACACGGAAAAGAAGGAAACAUGUGGGACCAUCUGUCUCAAGUACCUGCUCUUCAUCUUCAACUUCUUUUUCUGGCUGGCUGGCGGGGCUGUGAUGGCAGUGGGCACCUGGACCCUAGCUGAGAAGAGCGACUAUAUCAGCCUGCUCUCCUCCAGCACGUAUUCAGCAACUGCUUAUAUUCUGGUGGUGGCUGGGGUUGUUGUCAUGGUUACUGGCAUCCUUGGUUGCUGUGCCACCUUCAAAGAGCGUCGGAACUUGCUAAGAGUGUACUUCAUAUUGUUGCUGUGUAUCUUUCUUCUGGAGAUCAUUGCUGGAAUCCUGGCCUAUAUCUACUACCAGCAGCUGAGCAUGGAGCUGAAGCAAAACUUGAAGAACACCAUGACCCAGAAGUACCGGCAGGAGGGAGAAGAGAGUGUUACCAGCGCAGUAGACAAACUGCAGCAGGAGUUCAAGUGCUGUGGGAGCAACAACUAUACAGACUGGGCUGACAGCCAGUGGAUCAAAUCUCCAGAGGCCAGUGGACGGAAAGUCCCAGACAGCUGCUGUAAGACGAUAACUGACCUGUGUGGCCGAAGAGACCAUCCUUCCAACAUCUACAAGGAGAGCGGUUGCAUUACCAAGCUGGAAAACUUCAUUCAAGAGCAUCUGAAAAUUAUUGGGGCAGUGGGGAUCAGCAUUGCUUGCGUGCAGAUCUUUGGGAUGAUUUUCACCUGCUGCUUGUACAAGAGUUUGAAGCCAGAACCAUAUUAAUAGCUGUGGGAACUGUUGCUCUUCCUCUGCUACUUCCCUUAGCACCUACCAACCUGACCACUCUCCACCACCACCACAGAAGUGUCUGUAACCUGAGGACUUGGCUCCAUAAUUAAAUGCCUCUUGAACCACGUACCGCCUUACCUGCCCCCCUGGGGGAAAGUCACCCUUCAUGUUGUGUACAAGGCAGCCAGGAGUUCAGCAGGUCCUCUUCAUUGUCAAGAAACAAAAGAGCUGUGGAUCUUCUGCUAGAAGCUUUAGCAAAACAGUCCCUUGAUAUAACUAUGAAGCAAAAUUUAUCCAGUACCAUUUCUCUUGAGGCUUUUCCUGAGCCAACAUGAAGGUAUCAGGAUGCUAUACAAGAACCAUGGUUUGCUCUCUGAGAAGUGCCUUGGCAGCACCAGGCAUUGACUGUGAAGACAGAUGACGUUUCUGCGCUGAGCUGGAGCCAGAGCUGAGUCUCUCAUACAUGGAAGAUUUCUCUCUCUCCUCCGAAGUGUGCACCAAUGUCCUAACACAGCUGUUUUCCACUUGAGAGGGUGCCUGCCUGGUUGCUUGGGGCAGGAGCUACUCUCCCUGCUGAUCAGGAGCACAACUUGGUGCAGCUGAAAUCUUGUCGUGACUCUGAUGUUGCCAAUACGUGGGUGCCUUAGCAUUUCUCAGCCAUCCUUCCUCCUCUUCCUUGAAGCUUCUCCCAACACAGUGCCAUUAGGAGCCACAAGAGGCAUUUUGCCUCCCAGCAAUCUGGAGCAAAGACGAUAGACUACUUUCUAAUUCUUUUGGGUCUAGUCUGUUUUAUUGAGUGGCUUCCACUGUGAGUGAGAAAACUUUGUUUCUUCCUGCCUAUCCCCUGCUGAGAUUUGGUGAAGACCUGGUCUGUUUGUGGAGGUGGCAUAUCUCGCUAGCCUUUGGCCCAUUUGGUUAGUGGAAAUACGUUCUCACAUCUCUUACAUGUUGAGAGAUGCCCUUGGCUUGAUUUUUCUAAUUAAAACCUCCAGGCUUGUCUCUCUUGGGCAGGAAGUGUAUAUAUUCAAAUCUUUUAUCAGCCUCCAAAGAGCUCAUUAAUCAGGUGAGGGUUUUCUGGCUUUAAUGAGAUCUGGAAGCCCACUUUAUUGCUGAGAAGGUCAGGAGAGUCAGCUUCAACCAAUUGCCCCAGUGUACUUGGUAAAUUGGUAGUGCUGGCUUAACUGUUUGCUGCAGAGGAAUAGGUUUUCAUUAAAUAUUCUCUCUGCCUUGGGAUCCUGGAUACAUACAGGGCAUAGACAUCACCGCUGCCACAGACUUAGUGUUGUCAUGGUGCCAGCAGGGUCUUGGCCUGAAUUCAUAGGGUCUUGUGUGCCUUUUGUCUUGUUCUCACUUUGAUGGUAUGCCUGUUAACACCCAUGAAGCAGAGCGGGCUGUGGGGUUUUGGUGUUCCUGAGCAAUGAAGACAAGCCUUUUUAUAAACAAAUUUAUUCCCUCUCCUGGCCUUUUAGUGGUGCCGGCUGAGCCCUGUCCCUUGGCAGCAGACAGUUAAUGCGAGCAAAAUCACCCAGACCCCUAAAGGGUCUUGCAGCAUCAUGGGUUUUUUUUUAGUUUGCAGAGCAGAAGUCUUGUGCUAAAGGUGACAAGUUAAAAUUCAGAGCAGGUCAAUCUGAAACUCUCCCAUCGACAUCAGCUCCGUGAAAUAAUCCUUAACUAAUGCAGAAAGAGAGAUGGAGGAACUGAGGUGUAUCCUUAGUUCCACAGCAGUAGGAAAGAGGGGAAAGAAAUCUAAAUUAAAUGAUCUAAGGGAGAAACCUCUAAAUUAUUUCUUGUUUUAUAAUCAAGUACCUGACAAGUAUUGACUGGUAACUAAGAGGAAAAUAUUGAGCAUGUUGCUUGAAUCAAUAUUUCUAGUUUCUUAAGUAUAUCUUCAUAGCUGCCUUUGCCCAUUCCCUUCACAUACAUUGUACAGGGUUGGGAGAGGCCAGGAAGAGUAAGAUACGGUUUGUGUCCAUUGAGUUGUUUUUUACUUCUUCUCUAUGUAAUAAUAUUCAUUGCGGUUUUUUUCUUUUUUAACCCAGUUUAAGUUGCUGGCCAAUAGAAAAAUAAAGCUUAAGAUUCUGUA